AUGGAACGGGGGCGGCAUCGGGAGCCUCUCGUGGCUGCAGAUAUGCAGCAGAAGUACAGCAACUGUUCACAGACGGAUCCGAGUACUAGCACAGCAACAGACGGCACUGAAAAUGAGGCAUCUCGCGGCAGCGAGGCUGAAAGCAGUAGCAAGCCGCCGAGUUCUUCGGGAUGCUCGCCGCGUUGCAGACAACAGGGGAUAUCCAGCGAGGCAGUGCUCCGCCUUUUUGAGGAUAGCUCUGAGACGGGCUGGGGAGAAGAGGACUCAGCAGCCCCUAGCUUUUCUUUGUGCACGUCUUCUCCUCCCCCCAAGCGGAAACGUCUUUCCCACUCGACCAUCUUGCAAGCCUGCAGGGGCCCUGGAACUGCAGAGUACGUGAAGGUUGGUAUAACGAGGACCUAUUCAGAUCUAGACACAUCUCUUCCGACAACCGAGAAAUACCUGGAGCAGGGAAGCGGCAGCGAAGCGCCGCUGACGACGGAAUUAUCGGAACCGCCGACAGUGUCGUCGCCCAGCAGACCGCACCGUAAAUACAAAGUGCUUCACAAUGUUGCAAUGGUAUUAACGUUUGUGGCGAUCGUCUCUCUCUGGGGCAUCGUGGAUGUGAGCGUGGAAGUGGCCUCUGGGGUCAACAGCGGCUAUCAGUUUCAGCUGUACGGGAUGCUGCUCUUCAUUGGCGUGCUGGCGGCAUUGGUGCUGCGGAAGCUGAAGGCGUUGUCUUACAGAUGGACGUCCUUUCCAAGUACCCGUACCUUGCUGGCGUCGUUUUUGACUGCGGCGGCUGCUUGGGGCAUUGUGGUGAGAGGAAAGGAAUGA